AAACCGCGAACAUCGUCAGCGCCAUCCGCAGUAAGAGGCGCGACUUUUGAACGCCGACAUCGCUCCUCCGAUCCAUUUUCUAAAUAAUUUAAAAAACACCAAAAAACCAUAAACCCUCCCUCUCGAAAAAAAACGGCUAAUCCAUAACUCUUGUGAUUUAUUUUAAAAAUAAUUUCUAGUGUUUUUUUAUUAUUUUUUUUGUUGUUGUGCCAAAAUACUAUAAAAAGACUUUUCCUCAAAAAAAAAAAAAAUAAAAUAAAUAACAAAACAAGUGUUUGAAAGAAAUUAAUAUUUUUUAUCUGAAAACCAGUAGUGUGCUCACAUCAUGAGAUUAGCUUUGAUUUUGGGCACUCUUAGUGCUCUACUGUGCUUGGCCAAUGGUUUUAGCCAAUCGGAGACCAGUGGCUCCAAAGGCUCCAGUGGCUAUCCCAAAAAGGUAACAACUCUCAAAAAGCGACCCACCAAGACCCCCACCACCGUGGCAGCCAGCACCAGUACCAGUAGGGGCACCACCACAAAGCCCAGCAAGCCACGAGUGAAGAUCACGAAAUCGGGAACUAGAAGCACUACGAAAGCUCCAGGAUCAGCACCAGCUUUGGCGGAGAGUUUCGGGAAUCUGCCAGCAGAUGACUUGGAAUUUAUUAAGGAACUGGACAAGCAAUUCAAGUUGCACGGAAACAAAAUCAAGAUCAAGGUGGAGAGGGAUAAUUCCACAUCCAGUGGUGGAAAGAACAGCAAGAGAACUAUUGAAGGAGAUUUGGGCUACGGCUACUCCCAUCCUGGCUACGAUUACACCCCGCCCAAGUUUAUGUUUUAUCCCUAUUCCCAGCAUGAUAUUCCUUCGGGCUUUGCUCAUCCACAGCCACUGCCAGAGGAGCUGGAGGAGGCACCACCACCACCACCUCCCCAGCAGCAACACCACUCGCCACAGAAACCACACAACCAUGAACAUGUGACGAGUGUUACGAUCGAGCCGUCCUAUUCCUACGAACUAAAACCCCAAACCAGUUACGAAACUCAAGCGCCACAGCACACGGCACCUGAGCAGCCGCAAAUCGACUUGCCACAAGACGAGGCAGAGGCUGGUGGCUACCAGGAGCCAGUGAUAGUCCUGCGGAUACCAGGACCCGCCAAGUAUGCCGCCCACUUGCAGACCCUCCUCCAGCAGUAUCUGGAGAUCCGGGCAGCCCAGUAUCUCAGCUUGUUGCAAGAGGCCGAACAGCAGCAGCAGCAGCAGCAACAGCAGCAACAGCAUCAGCCAGUGCAUCAGCAACACGUCCCGGAGCCCCAGCAAUACGGUCCUCCCGAGCCCGUGGCCUACCAGCCCGAAGUGAGCUAUGCCCCGCAACCCGUACAGUACGCCCCCAUCGAUGAUGUCUACCAGAGCUACAAGGGCCGUCAUCAGCAGCAACUGCAACAGCAGCCACAGUACGAGCCGCAACAGUACUAUACGCCCAUGGACUACCAGCAACCCACUCAGUUCUACUACGCACAACCGCAAUCGCACUUGCAACAGCAGCCGCAGCUCUACUUGAUAGCCAUGACCCAGCCAGAACCGGAGCAACAUCAGCAACUCCAACAGCAGCAACAUCAUCAGCAUCAGCAGCAGCAGCAGCAACAGCCCAUCUAUGUCCCGGAGGGAGAGCCACCCACUGCCCCGGAACAGCAGCCGGAACCGGAAGUGGAACCAGAACACAAUCUACCCAUAACGGAGAACAAUCCACGACCCACACACACAAAGGUCAUCUUCAAUCCGUAUCCCUACCAGCAACAGCAACAGCAUCAGCAUCAGCACCAGCAACAUGUCCAGGAACAGGAGCAACAUGUCGUUAAUUUGGAGGAAGAAUCGCAGGCGGAGGGCGAUCGCCCCUUCAACUACCACGCCCAUGCCCUGAAAAUGAGGCCCGGGAAGAGGGCGGCCAAGCCAGAGCCGUCCGGUGGCGCCAGUGGGGGGGAUAAGCGACUCCAGCAGAUCAGGGAAUAUGUGAGGGAGAAGCUGGGAGCCGAAAUGGGUUCUGCGGUGGAAUACAAAACGACACAAUUGCUAGAGGGCUGAGAAGACUAGACACUCUGGGGGAAUAGGGGGGCUUUGCAGAUCACUUAACUUUACUGAAAGUUAUCCUAAAAGUAUGCCACAAUAUUUGAUUUUAUAGAAAGAAGGUUCUGUCCGCUUGUCCGUCUGUCCGUUAAAGUGACAUUUGAUUUCUGUCAUAACUAGAAAACUAGAGGUCUCUAAAUUUAAUAAAAUUAAAUAAGAUUAUAUUAAAAGAAGUCUGAUUUUAGUGAAAACCACUUAGCCCCCCUAAACUUAAACUCUUCACACACAAUUGUGGUUGCUUCUUGUGCCUAAAAAAAAAAGAUAUAUCCCUUCAUUAGUAUUUAUUCCAAGUGGGUUGAGGAGCAGGGGUUACUUGCUCCAUUUCCAUAUCAUUUCCAAAACUCAAAAUUCCAAACUCCUGUCCAAGAUCCUUGCCUACUUUCGGGCCAUAGCCAGUGUAAAUAGGAACGCCGGAAAGCAUGCCACAUUUGAGAAUCGAAUGUGGCAUGUGGAGGACAGAGGUUCACAUUCGCUUUUCAUUUAUUUUUAACAUAUAUGUGUACUUUUUUUUGUUUGUUUUGUUUUCUUUGAGUUGUUUUUUUGUAUUGUUAACCAAGAAAAUAAAGCUGCUGCUGAUCAUGUGUGCAA